UGUCUAUUCAGCAUGGCUAGCGGACGUGAUGUAAACACAUGGGCGGGGUUUCCGCUCCCACCGGAAGUCAGGCGAGAGAAAUCCAUCUGUUCAGCUGGAAGAGAAAUGGUACAAAAACAGUGAUUCGUUUAUUCGGUCGUGUUUGUAAGCCAUGGCCCAGACUGAGAAGAAAGCAGGUCUGCUGAGGAGAACAUCCUCUUCCAAGAAGCCUCUGAAGGAGAAGGUGGUGCUGAUGUAUGAUGAGAUAUUUGCAAAGGAGGACCCUACCAAGAACAAUCCUCGCUUCUGGGAUGAGCUGUUUCUGAUGAAGGUCAAUCUGGAGUAUCUGGAGGGGAAGCUGGAGUCUCUGGACGGGGACGAAGUCAUGAAAAUCAAAGACAACAUCAACAGUUUGUUCCAUCACUGCGUUCAGGCUCUGGGUGAAGAGCACCAGAUCAAAGUAGUCAAUGCACUUCAGACUCUUUGUGCGCUGUUUAGAGGAGUUCACCAGAAGAACAAAUCUGCCACAGGCUUUGACAUCAUCAACAUGCUGAUGGGCUUCGACAAAGCUGAGCUCCGAAUGAAGGAGCUGAUGGAGAGCCUGGACAGUCUGCUGUGCGGAGAUGGAUCCGAGAGUCUGAAGAGUUUGUGUCUGAAACUCCUGCUGUGUCUGGUCACUGUGACAGAUAAUAUUAGUCAGAACACCAUUCUGGAGUAUGUGAUGAUCAACAGUAUAUUUGAGGCCAUUCUGCAGAUUCUUUCUGAUGUUUCCAGUCGAGCGCAGCAUGGAUAUGAUGCUGUGGUACUAUUAGCUCUGCUGGUCAACUACAGGAAGUACGAGUCUGUGAAUCCUUACAUUGUGAAACUGUCAAUAGUGGACGACGAGCCGACCCUGGAUGGCAUGGGAAUGGUCAUCCACCACGCACUUACAGAGUACAAUAGGCAGUAUAAAGACAAAGAAGAAGAAAACCAGGGAGGCUUUUUUUCCACCCUUACCAGCAUGGUGGGCAGUAUGUUUAUCGCUGAUGCAGAUGAGAAGCUGUCAGUACAGACUAAUGAAGCCAUCCUGCUCGCUCUGUAUGAGGCUGUACAUCUCAACAGAAACUUCAUCACGGUUCUUGCACAGAGCCAUCCGGAGAUCGACAUGGCAACAACCCCGGCUACACCUGUCCCAGCCUCUCCUACGACCCCGCUGAGCACCACACCGCCCUCUCUGGACAUGAUGAAUAAUCCCGAGCUUCCCCUGGACCCAAACUUGCAGACGAGUAAUCUUCUUAUAACCUUCCUCAAAUAUUCCUCCAUCGUAAUGCAGGACACCAAAGAUGAACACAGACUCAACAGUGCCAGGCUGUGCCUCAUCAUUCUGACCUGCAUAGCCGAGGACCAGUAUGCCGACGCCUUCCUCCACGAUGAUAACAUGAACUUCAGGGUCAACUUGCACAGAAUGCCCAUGAGACAUCGAAAGAAAGCGGCGGAUAAGAACAUCCCCUCUCGGCCUCUAGUUUGUGCAGUUCUGGAUCUGAUGGUUGAGUUCACCAUUACUCAUAUGAUGAAGGAGUUUCCUAUGGAUCUCUAUGUGCGCUGCAUUCAGAUAAUUCACAAACUGAUCUGCUACCAGAAGAAGUGCAGAGUUAGGAUGCACUACACGUGGAGAGAACUCUGGUCAGCUCUCAUUAACCUUCUGAAGUUCCUGCUGUCUAAUGAGACCAUCCUUCUGGCAAAGCACAAUAUCUUCCAGCUGGCUCUUCAGGUGGUGAACCUCUUUAACAUGUUCAUCACAUACGGAGACACGUUUCUGCCCACGCCCAGCAGUUACGACGAGCUCUAUUACGAGAUUAUACGCAUGCAUCAGGUGUUUGAUAACCUCUACUGCAUGGUGCUGCGAGUCUCGACCAACGCAGGCCCCUGGAAGGACCCUGCUAGUAAAGUCACCCACGCUCUCGUCAACGUCAGAGCAAUUAUUAACCACUUCAACCCUAAGAUUGAGUCGUACGCUGCUGUGAACCACAUCUCACAGCUCUCAGAAGAUCAGGUGCUGGAGGUGGUGCGGUCAAACUACGACACACUAACCCUAAAGCUGCAGGACGGUCUGGAUCAGUUCGAGCGCUACUCUGAGCAGCCCAGAGAGGCCGGCUUUUUCAAGGAGCUGGUUCGCUCCAUCAGUCUGAACGUGAGGAAGAAUGUGUCUCUGAGUACCAUGAGUCAGGACGUCCUGCUGAAGGAGUUCUCCUCUAUAUCCUGAAACAACGGGACCUUUGACCUUCAUACUGACACAUCCAUCGCCCCACAUCUGAGGCUUCUCCACGUUACACCAGACCAUCUAGAACCGGACAGGACUGGAUUUGAUCUUCAGGCUGUAUACUGAUGCAGUGUGUGAGUUUGGUUGGGCUCAGAACAGACUCGUAUUGGCUUCACAAAGCAAUCGGGCCACCUUUGCAUAAUGUGAAUUUUGAUUCUAAAUACCCGGUAUUUUUGGUUCCUGAUUUUUUUUCUCCUUUUAUUGACAGUCCAGUGCUGUUCCUGUUGAUUCUGUUGCGUAUUCUUCAUUGCCUUAGUACCAUAACGGAUGAAAACCAAUGUGCUCGCUCAGAAUUACCGCCGAUUUCAGUUCUUUUCUAUAUUCAGAGUGAAUGCAGUCAAAACAUCCUAUUUGCAUGAUGCUGAAAAAGAAAUGUCUGGGUCACAAUUCACCAUAUAUUCGAAAGAAAGAAAAUUAUAAUUUGCAUUUAUUAAAUGAAGCCAUUAAGAUUUACAUUCUGAUAUAUUUUCAUGACAAACACAUUUUCUCCAAAUUCGCAUUAUUGUAAUACAAGAUUCUCAUUACCAUAAUGCGCCAAAUAUCUCACUCUCAUUACCGUGAUACGUUAAUGAUCAUUUUACGUUUUUGUUUUUAUUAUUAAAAACUUCAUAAAUUCAGUUUAACACAUACUACCAUAAUGCAUACUUACAAUUGUAAAUUUUUUAUGUAUUACGGUAAUGAGAAUUUGUGAAAUUUGCUUAGACUUCUCAUUACCUUAAUGCGCCAAAAACUCAUUCUCAUUACUUUAAUGCAGUAAUAAUACAUUUAGUCUUUUUUUAAUUAAAAACAGCAUUUACAUACCAUUUAUAUACAAUUUUGAAUAUUAUAUACAUUUUUGAAUGUUAUGGUAAUGAUAAUUUGGGUGUAAAAUUAUAUCACAGUGCAAGCAAAUAUUAGUAUUCCUAAAACAUUUCAGCACAUUUCCUCUCAAAUUCAAAUUCUUAGAGGAUCUGUCCUUUUUUAUUAAAAACAUAAUUCCAGUGUAACACAUAACACUAUAAUGCAUAAUUAGAAUUGCAAUUUUGAAUUUAAAUGAUAUAUAUUUAUUACGGUAAUGAGAACUUGAGAAGAGAAUUGAAUUUUCUUGUCAUUAAAAAAUGGUUAGGCUUUAUUUUUAUGCAAAAUAUAAUUUCUUUAGCUUUUAAUAUGUGACCUGAACAUUUCUUGACCGUUUGUUUUCAUGAGAUUUACCCUUGGGUAUAAGUGCAUUCAUUUUUAAAAAAUCCGACAUUCUCUUCAUUUUCUUCACUCUCAGUAUUCCCAAGUAUUGCAAGACGUUUCAGUGUGGUAUCAUGAACAGAUAUAAAGCUGCAGUGUAAAAAAGAAACAAUUAAAGCAAUGUAUUAAUUAGACGCACCACUGAAGAGAACCCGCUGUGUUAGUCUGUAUUGAUGGCAUUAUAGAAUCCAAACCAGUUCUACUAAUAAUUAGUGAAAUUUAAACCAACACUUGAAGGAUAACUGAAUAAAACAAACACAUUUCAAAGAAAUUCUUUGUAAAUUCUUUCUGGGUUUGGUUCUAAAUGACUAUUUGGCUUUCUGUGUCUUAGUAUUUCUUAUUUAUGGGUGUUUGUUUCCUUAUUAAAUCUUAUUUUGUAAAACACACAC